GUACCAAAAGCAAAUACAUGGCGCUGUUUCUAGGCUUUGUCCUGCUAUUUUUCAUCCAACUUUCUGGCGAAGGUAGAGCGACAAAAUUGAAGUCGCUUAAUUUUGGAACUAAAACAGCUUACAAUCAUGACAAAUUCUCAAGUGUUUCUUCACAACGUCCUGAUAAUUGUACGCCUGCUCGCAUCGAAUUCAUAUCUCGGCACGGUUCGAGAUUCCCUAGUAACGGCGACAGGAAGGAUAUCGAUAAACUAUUGAAAAAAUUAAACGGAGUUUACACGGCAACCCCUUCAUUUCGGCUCAAAAAUCUCACGUUACCUUGGCGUAAAUGGGCGGUAUGGAACGACGCAGAUGCGAAGGAAUUAUCGCCUCGCGGGGAAUUUGAGCAAUAUACAAUCGCGAAACGGUUGCGCUCGAAUUUCGCUGAAGUAUUUGAUAAACCGCAUUGGAAUAAGUACUACAAGUUCAUCGCAAGAGAUAAACGUCGCACAGCUCAAAGUGCAAUGGCCUUUGCCUUAGGACUCUUUGAAAACAAUACCACACGGUCGCAGGGACCAGGGAGAUCAAAAUUCCGGUCGGUCGCUAUAAAAUCUGCAGGUCCAGAAGAGAACGACAAACUGCUGUCGUCGUACGACGCAUGUCCUCGUUAUGUUGCCGACAGCGACAAAAAUGGCCUUCCUGAAGUCGAAAAGUUUACCCAAGGCCCGGAAAUAAGAAAUGUCAUACGAACAAUAGAGAAACGUCUUCGAAUCAACGGAACAAUAUCCCUGACAUUCGAAGACGUAGAUGUGAUAAGACGACUUUGUGCUUUUGGAAUAAUGAACCACGAAGAUGAUAGCUGGUGUGCUUUACUCGACAGUGCAAGCUUAGAUGUUAUGAAUUAUGUCGGAGAUUUGAAAAACUUCUACGAACACUCGUUUGGGAACGAGCUCGGCUAUGAAAUAAUUUGCGUUCUUUUGGCAGACAUUAUCGAAAACCUCGAGGACUUUUCGAAGGGAUCUAGUGAAGCUCGUGGAGUUUUUAGAUUCGCUUCCUCGGGAACAAUGUUUGCUCUCUUGACUGCGUUGGGGGCAUAUGACAAUGGCACAACUUUGAGCGCUUCCAAUUUUCGCCCGAACAGUAGUCGGCGGUUCCCGUCACGUCUCGUACCAAUGUCGGCUAAUAUCGCCUUGGUAUUGUUCAAGUGUAAUCUGAGAGGAAAACAGAACGAAACACAGAAUUACAAGGUGCAAAUUUUGAUCAACGAGAAACCCAUGGGUUUACCGUGUUGUCAAGGAAAUAUCACGUGUAGCUUUAAAGAAUUCCUGGCUUAUUUUAAACACACUGUCGACAAUUGCGACUUCGAUGCGAUGUGCGCCCUACGAAAAGAUAAAUCGACUACACCGAAAGCGUUGGGAUUGGUUAACCGACCAGGACUCUUGCUGGUGAUGAUGGAAAUGCUUUUUGCAACAUUUAAGAUGUUAAACUUCUAAAACUCCCUAUCGUUGGACGUGCUUUUUACACUGUCGCUUUUGUUAAUUGUUAU